ACACAACAAGCAGGGUUUUGUUUGUGGCUCUUUUGCUCACUUGAACGCUUGGACAUACACACGCACACACACACAGACACACACACACAAUCCUUCACACCCUGUGUGAAUGGCAGUGGUGUCCUUGCAUGGGCAAUGUUUACAGGAUGUUAUCUGUCUCAGUGCCUGACCCUCAUCCCUCAGAGUGGGUUCCUGUUGGAAUGCAGAGAGGGGAUGGAGGAGUUCCAACGGGGGAGUGACGAGAGAGAGAGACAGAGAGAGAGAGAGAGACAGACUACAUAUACAUCCCAACACUAGGAGGCUGGUGCUCAGAGGCACAGUUGGACUGUUGGAUAACUGGACUGCACCCCCCUGUAUACUUUAUUGGACUAUCAGAGUUCUCACUGUGAGGCCAGCAGGGAUUCACUCUAGUUGAGAGUUUGAGCAAGGAAGCAGACCACAGUCCAACAAUACCAGAACAGCUCUACGUAAGUUCAGAAACUAAUAUACUGUAGGAAGCUGUGUAGUGCUGCCCCAGGACUGACUUUGAUUUUAUACUGUUAUUUGUUGUGCACUGAAUAAUAUCAAUACCAGCAAAGAUGGCCGGCCAGCUACAGAAGAUCGUAGCAGAGAAGAAGAACGUGGUAGAGACUGUAAUGGAAGUGUUUGAACAGGGAGCUGAGGUGGUGGCCAGUAUCGCAGGUGACCUCUUCCCUGUUUUCGCCAUCGCUGCUCCCAUCGUGAAAUUGGCCCUCGACAAUGUGGAGAGCAAGGAAGCUGCGUUCAUGAAGGAGCAGUUCCUGAAAGUUCGCGAACGCCUGGAGGUGGUUUCAGAGGAGAUGCAGCGUAUUAACGAGGAGAUCAAGAAGAGCGGAGCGGACGCAGCCUACUUUUCUGUAGAGGAGAACAUCUCCAACCAGUUCCGCAAGUACAUGGACAUCCUCAAUGCCAAACCCAAGUUUCGUGAGGUCAAGAAGAAGCUGUUCAUGGAGCAUUUUGUCAAAACAGGUGGUGACAAAAACCUACACACCCUCUAUAGUGCCGUGAUGGGAGCCAACUUCUCUGGAGAGUCAGUGUUGGAAAUUACUCUUAACUAUGAGGAGAAAAGUCGACGCACAAUGGAAGACUUCUGUGCCAGGUUGAAGAAACUCUUUUGCAUAGGCCUCAUCUCUCUGAUGGGCUACACUGCUCUAAAGGACUGCGAUGAUGAAGAGAAGCUUCUUCAAGACUGGGGAGAAAAGAUGAAGGAUGUACAGGUGAAAAUGAAUGCUGUCAUUGAGGACUGCAUCACCAGCUUCCCCAAGCAGGCUGAACUGGAUACCCGGAGGUUGGUUAGGGACCACUCUGACCUGAGCAACCAGCAGCUGGCAGACGCCAUUUUGGAGAAGCUGAAAAGAAAGUAUGACUGGGUGUGCUGGUCUGUCCGUAUAUUCAGCUCCCCUUCGGGCCUGUUCUCCAACAAAAAAGACAUCCAGUGCCCCACAGGAAAAAAUCGCUUUCAGGUGGCAGCAACAGAUGAGAAGCUGAACGUCAUGGUGUCCUACAGUGCCUCGCCCGAGCCUCUGAACAAGGCCCACAUCCAGCAGCUGAUCCAGGGUCAGAAGAAACUCACUGUAGUGGGUACAGCUGAGCUCCUGUUUGAGCAGUUGCCAGGUCCCUGUGCAGUCCACACGGUCAAGACUUGCAAAGACCUGACCUGUGUCUGGAGCUUUGCCGAAGAGCUACACUACUGGGAGGAGCACAAGAACUUCUAUGUUUGUGUUCACUACAAUUGACGUUUUCUUACUUAAAAAUGUAUGAAUAAUUAGCCAUAGCUCCCAAUGUUAUAUUCAGUCCAAUUUGGUCUUUACACUAAGACUGACAUUGCCAAGUACUUUCCCUCUUUCUCAGUUGAGUUCUGAUCCCCAGCUAUACUAAUGAGGAGGAACAUAGGCUAACAUUUAUUAUAAAGCAUGAUACUUACCAAAGACUGUUUUACCUGUUAAUCUAUUCUUUGUGAUGUUUUUCUUUUAUGUAUCCACCCUACUAAAAUAGUGUAAAUAAAAUCUAAUUUCUGCUUUACAUUUUCAAAUAAACCACACAUAAUAACUGUGAUAGUCAUGAUCUAUGCUUCUGAGAAUAUAAAUUAAACUUUGUCUUGAUACAUAUUCUAUAUUGACCAAAUCGCAUAAUAUUUAUGAAGUGUGUAAAUAUAAAAGCCUAAUGUUUGUCUGUAAAAAAAAUCCCUCAAUAGUUUACAUAACUAUAAUUGUAUUUCCACUUUAUAUAUAUAUAUAUAUAUAUUUUAAAAAAAGCACCUUUGACUCAGUUUCAGCUGCUGCAAUUUACAUUCAUAUGACAUAGUAGAGGCUGCCGAGGGGGUGACGUCUCAUAGAAAGGGCUGGAACGGCGCAAACGGAAUGUAUUUGACACUAUUCUACUCAUUCCAUUCCAGCCAUUACCACAAGCCUGUUUUCCCCAAUUAAGGUGCCACCAACCUCCUGUGAUGACAACAACUCAUCUGACAUUGUGUUUUGUUAUUCCUGUCUCUGUUAUUUUGGCACACACUGCUUCAGUGAACCUGCUCCCAUUCCAUGUAAUUUGAUCAACCAACCCUCUACAAAGGCAUGCUAAGACAUAUUAUUGCUGUGAAGAUGUGCUCAUGAAUGCCUAGCAUAGAUAUGCUCGUCACAUCUUUACCUGUUGUGAUGUGCAACAGAAAUGUUGGUAUCACAGGUCAUCUCGACUCAGUCCAUAUUUCCACAACCCUAUUUACAUUUAUCAUAAUGUUUAACCCAUUCCACUUUCCUUGCAUUCACUCUCGUUUGCACCUUUUAUUUUCUGAGUAAUUUUACUACUUUUAUAUAUUUUAUUUUACAAAACAUGUUGAUCUGAAGUGGGUGCUUCACAUUGGUGGUGGAUGAGGUGAGUUCCCCCCACACCCUCCUUACAGCGCUUUGAGCAUCAGGAAAGGCGCUAUAUACAGUACCAGUCAACUUUUGACUGGUACUGUAAAUGCAAUAUAUGAAUGAUUAUGAAGUGGUGGUUUGUUGUCUAUGGCCUGCGUAUUACAAACUAGCCAUUAGCAAUAACUUAAACCUUUUUAAAGGGGAUGAAAAGAACACAAGUCAUUGCACCCUGUUAAACUAAGUAACAAGGACUCCAUAUUCAACAUUAUAAACUGGGUGGUUUGUGCCCUGAAUGCUGAUUGGCUGACAGCUACAGUAUAUCAGACAGUAUACCACGGGUAUGACGAAACAUACAUUUUUACUGCUCUAAUUACAUUGAGAACCAGUUUAUAAUAGCAAUAAGGCACCUCAGGGGUUGGUGGUAUGUGGCCAAUAUACCACGGCUAAGGGCUGUAUCCAGGCACUCCGCUUUGCGUCAUGCAAAAAACAGCCCUUAGCCAUGGUAUAUUGGCCAUAUACUGCACCCCCUUGGGCCUUAUUGCAUAAUUUUAAACCAUGUCUAUAUUACUUUGUCAACAUAGGAGUAUAUGAGCCCUAAACAACACAAAUGAUAAUAUAAUUAAUAUACAAGGCACUAUCAUCGCAUCAUACAGAGUAGCAUGUUUGUGUGGUUUUCUUUAGAUAAUGAGGGGAAUAAAAUGUUCAAGAUGUUUUCUCUGAUAUUAAAGGAAUUAUUAUUUUGUUCUAGUAUCUCUGUCAAUAUGCCUUACUCUUAUCACACAAUUUACUGAAUCAAAUAAAAACAAAGAUGGAUAUUACUAUGUUAAAAUAAAUGAUCUUGAUUUA